AUGCCUACACUCUUCAUUAAUACAAGUCAGUUACCAGCAGAUAUAUUAACGUUUAAUGGUAAUAAAUUUUAUGAUUUUGUCAAAAAUAUUUGUGGAGCUGAAUUAUUAGAAGUGCAACAAAUAGCAAAUGCUCAGUCUUUAUUAUUGACUGAUGAUGUAUUUGGUAUUAUGGAUGUCGAUUGUCCCGAUUUAAUUGAUUUAAAAAAGAAAAUAUCAUUUACAUUAGCUGAUGGUUCAUUUCUCUUAAAAGCUGGUAUUAGAGCAAAUAUUAAAUAUUUAAAAGAACUAUUUUUGAAAAAAAAUGAAGAAAUAAUGAAAGAGACAAAAUUAAAACCAAAACAACAAACAACCAUAACAACAGCUGCUAGUAAUUCACUCCACCACCAUCAUCAUCGAUUAUAA